UCGGGCCCCGCGGAAAUGGGCGAACAUAAUCUCCUUAAUCCCGGGUUUGUGGGGCCGCUGGUGAAUAUCCACACGGGGGACACCUUCUACUUCCCCAACUUCCGCGCCUCGGGGGGGCAGCUGCCCGGUCUGCCUUCCCUGUCCUACCCUCGGCGCGACAACGUCUGCUCGCUGCCUUGGCCGUCGGCGGAGCCGUGUAAUGGCUAUCCCCAGCCCUAUCUCGGCAGCCCUGUGUCGCUUAACCCGUCCUUCGGCCGGACGUGCGAGCUGGCCCGGGUGGAGGAGAGCAAAUGCUACUAUCGCGAGGCGUGCGCCGAGGGCGGUGGGCUGAAGCGCGAGGAGCGGGGGGCGGGGGGGGGCGGGCUGCUGCAGCUCGAGCCGUCGGGGCCGCCGUCUAUGGGCUUCAAGUACGAUUACGCCGCCGGAGGCGGUGGCGGCGGUGGCGGGGGGGACGGCGCUGCGGGCCCCCCCCACGAUCCCCCUUCCUGCCAGUCACUCGAGUCCGAUUCCAGCUCGUCCCUGCUCAACGAGGGAAACAAGGGCGGCGGCGCGGGCGACGGGGCCAACCUGGUGUCGCCCCUAGGCCAGGGCAACGGGCUCUCCACCAGUGGCACCCCCUGGUAUCCCAUGCACACCCGGUCCCGGAAGAAGCGCAAACCCUACUCAAAGCUGCAGCUCGCGGAGCUGGAGGGAGAGUUCAUGGUGAACGAAUUCAUCACCCGCCAGAGGAGGAGAGAACUCUCGGACCGCUUGAAUCUUAGUGACCAGCAGGUCAAGAUCUGGUUUCAGAACCGGAGGAUGAAAAAGAAAAGACUUCUGCUCAGAGAGCAGGCCCUCUCCUUCUUUUAGGGGGAACAGAAAGAGGCGACAUCAGA